CUCAUGCAUCUACAAAUGUAAAAAGAUAAAUUGUAACGUUAGUCACUCGGUUUAUUAAAAAAAUUUAUGUUUGGUCAUAAAAAAUAUUUAUUUUUAUAUGUGGUCAUUAAUUUAGUCAAAUAUUUCAAAUUUGGCUACUCUACGUCCAACUCCGUUAAUAUUUUUUUGGGUAGAAAGAUAGACGCCAAUAAAAUCCUAGAUUAUCGUUAAUCUUUUUCCAUUUUCAACUCAUUUUUACAAUAAACUAAAUAAAUAAAUAAAUCAGGAAAAAAUUAUUUUGAACCUCCAGAUGUAUUCAUCGUUUAUUUGGCGGCAAAUAGUAAUUCUAUCUGCAGUUAAUGAGUUUUAACUUUUUUUAAUGAGAAAAUAAAAUAAGUUUUCAGAAAAUAUAAACAGGGAAAUUGAAAGUUUCCGUUUUCCCUCUCGCCGCCAUUUCCUUCUACUUCCACUGAGUUUGCACUACUUCUCUUCUUGUAGAAUCUAGGGUUUCUCGAUCUCAGGCUGUUGCCUCGGCUUCUACACUGUAAAAGGGCUCCACCAAAAUGGAAGAAUCCUCGUCUCCAUCAGUGUGCGAUUUCGAGCUUCUGGACACCUUGGGCGGCGAUUCCAUUAGAGAAAUUCUCGAUAGCUACAAUGGCUUCUGUUCGACCUCCGACGCUCUUCUCAACCCCACCUCCGUCAACCUCUCCGUCGGUCGUGAAUUCGUAUCGCACGCCGGCGUGCUCUGCAAGCACGGACUCCACUCCCUUGUGCGCGACCUGUUCCUCAAAUCUUUGGAGGAAACUUUCGAGAGACGCGGAGCUUUGAGAUUUUGGCAGCAUUUUGAUGCUUAUAAGGACGAUUCAUUGGAGAAGAAGAGUAAGAAUAUAGCUCCAAUUGAUGACAGUGAGGUCCAGCAAGUGUUGUGGAAAGCACUUGAUGAGAUUUCCGCCGUGAAACAAUAUCAGGAAAACUGCUUGUUGAUGUUGGUUGAUGCUUUAGAAACCGAUGACGAGAGGCAAUAUCUUCUCUCAAAGUAUCAAUUAGUGGUAUCUUCAGUUCUUAUGGCUAGCCUUCCGCGGCAUUUUCCUGAAAUACUACACUCGUAUUUUAAGGGGAAGUUGGAGGAACUAAGUGCAAUCAUGAAGGGAGAGAGUGACGGUGACGAUGACUCUGAAAACGAUGAUAUGGAAUUAGAUGAAGAAGGAAAAUCAUCUCAUAAAAAUGGAGCUAUGGAUGUUGAUGAAUGUUUUUCCCAGGGUAAGUUUACUGAGAAUAACAAAUUGGUGAAGAACAUCGGGGAGGUAGUACGCCAUCUCAGAAGUCUUGGAUUUACUUCUUUGACUGAAGAUGCUUAUGCCUCUGCCAUCUUUCUGCUUCUCAAGGAUAAAGUAAAUGAUCUCGCUGGUGAUGAUUACAGAGGUUCAGUUUUGGAGUCGAUCAAACAUUGGAUACAGGCUGUUCCUCUCCAGUUCUUGACUGCGCUUCUGGAAUAUCUUGGUGAUUCCAUUAGCCAAAGUAGUCCUUCAGCUAGUAAAAUAUCACCUUUGGCUUCUCAGUCAUCCCCACUGCAUCCUGCAAGUAAUGCACCUUCCGAAGGACUCAUCAGAUGGCAAUUGCGGCUGGAGUAUUUUGCUUAUGAGACAUUACAAGACUUGAGAAUUGCCAAGCUGUUUGAAAUUAUUGUUGACUAUCCUGACAGCUCUCCUGCCAUUGAGGACCUGAAACAAUGCCUUGAGUAUACAGGACAACAUUCUAAGCUUGUGGAGUCCUUCAUUUCAGCACUACGAUAUCGUUUACUCACUGCUGGUGCUUCAACCAAUGAUAUAUUGCACCAGUAUGUCUCAACUAUAAAGGCAUUACGAACAAUUGAUCCAACUGGUGUGUUUCUUGAAGCUGUUGGUGAACCAAUAAGAGAUUACUUACGGGGUCGAAAGGAUACCAUAAAAUGCAUUGUGACCAUGCUUACUGAUGGAAGUGGAGGGAAUGCCGCUGCAUCUGGGAUCACUGGGGAUAGCCUACUUGAAGAGCUAAACAGGGAUGAUGAAGGGCAGGAUAAUAUUGGUGCAAAUGACGACUUCAAUACUGAUGACAAGCAGGCAUGGAUAAAUGCUGCUAACUGGGAGCCUGAUCCUGCAGAGGCUGAUCCAUUGAAGGGAAGCAGGAACCAUAGCAAGGUCGAUAUUUUGGGGAUGAUAGUCAGCAUAAUCGGUUCAAAAGACCAACUUGUAAAUGAAUACCGUGUAAUGUUAGCUGAAAAGCUUCUGAGCAAAUCUGAUUACGACAUCGCCUCUGAGAUACGUACUUUGGAACUCCUCAAGAUACAUUUUGGGGAAAUUAGCAUGCAGAAGUGUGAAAUCAUGCUUAAUGAUCUGAUUGAUUCAAAGAGGACGAACCACAACAUUAAAACAACAAUACAACCAUCUCAAAUAGGAAACGAAGAACGGGAAAUGGGGGCAACUAUCAACAUUCUUGAUGCUACAAUCAUCUCCUCCAACUUUUGGCCUCCUAUCCAGGAUGAGGACCUCACUCUACCAGCACCAGUUGACCAGCUCCUCACUGAUUAUGCAAAAAGGUUUCAUGAAAUCAAGACUCCUCGGAAACUGCUUUGGAAGAAGAAUCUUGGCACGGUCAAGUUGGAGUUGGAAUUUGAAGAUAGGGAAAUACAAUUUACUGUGACACCUAUACAUGCCGCGAUUAUCAUGCAAUUCCAAGAUCAGAUAAGUUGGACCUCAAAUAAGCUUUCCGCUGCCCUUGGUGUACCAGUGGAUGUUCUGAAUCGAAGAAUAAAUUUCUGGAUAAGCAAGGGAAUUGUAUCUGAAUCUCUCGGGACAGAACCAAACGACCAUGUCUUUACCCUUGCUGAGGGUAAUACUGAUGCGGGUAAGAAUGCUGGCAACAGUGGUUCUUGUGAGGAGAUGUUACCUGGUGACGAAGAAGGGGAAAGCUCUGUAGCAUCUGCGGAGGACCAACUGCGCAAGGAGAUGACCGUAUACGAGAAAUAUAUAAUGGGGAUGCUCACAAAUUUCGGCAGCAUGGCUUUGGAGCGCAUUCAUAACACUCUCAAGAUGUUUUGUGUUGCUGAUGCUCCAUACGAUAAGUCGCUUCAACAGCUGCAGAGCUUUUUGUCAGGGUUAGUCGCAGAAGAGAAGGUAGAGCUGAGAGAUGGGAUGUACUUCUUGAAGAAGUAAUAUAAUCGGUUGUGAUUAUAGAAUAGGAAUCUAAUUUAAGCCUCUGAAUUGGUAAGACCAUUUUUUUAUUUAUAAUCUUUGUUGCUUGCUCAUAUUUUUGGCUAAGCAGAGUAAAGAGAUCCUUGGCUGAAAUACGUUGGUGUAGUUUCCAAGAAACACGGCCGUGAUUGAGGAAUUAACAAGCAUGAAACAGCUUUGGGGACUAUUGAACCCCAGCGUGACGACAUAUGAUAUGGUAAAUCAAGCAACUAAGAUCCAGAAACAAGUCCUGACAGAGUCAAUUGAAAACUUGUUGCGCUGCAUUACCUCACACCAGGUAGCCAAUGACAUUCGAAACAUAAUCUAGAUAAAGAGAAAAAAAAAAAAAAAAUUAGAUCGCCACGUUGAGGAGUGACUCGCAGUCGAAAUAAAUCCGUUAGGCAUGCCAUAUCUACAGUUAGGGGUGUAAGUUUGACCCUUUAAACCCACUGACCCGUCCCAACCCGUCCUGAUCCGUCCCGACCCUCAGGGUCGGGCUGGGUCAGUUUGUCUAUAGGGUCAAUUUAGGGUCGGGUCACUUUUUGACCCUAUGACCCUUAGCAUCAUACAAACAUGUUGGACCUAUAUGUAAAAAUUUAUAAGUUUAGGUACUAAAUUGUAAAAAUUAAAAAAUUUGGGUACCAAAACGUAAUUUUACCAUCAAAUUUUAGGGACUUAUUUGUAAAAAAUAUAAUUUAGGUACUAAAAUGUAAGAAAAAAUAAAUUCGGGU